AUGGAGAAGAUCGUCUUCAGAGUGCUUAUUGUUACAAGUGCAUGCAGUCUGGCUGAAAAACACCUGUUUGUCCAACGGUCACUAGACUGGAGCGCAGCUCGGGACUGGUGCAGGGAACACCACACUGACCUUUCACCCAUCAGCAGCAGUUUGGUGGAGCAGGCGUUCAUAAUGUCUGUGGGUAAGCAACAUUCAGGAUGGAUCGGUUUGUACUGGGACCAACCCCAAGCUAUCUGGAAAUGGGCAGGAGCCGGCCAAGUCACCUACCAGAACUGGAAAAACACAAUGGAUUUAUCACAGGCUCUUCUUACUACCAACGCCUUCUGGACCGGUGAUGGAUGGUUUCCUGAGAUGGGUUACACUGGACGCAACUUCUUCUGCAUUAGUCUGAAGAUAGUGGAGGAGAAGAAGGCCUGGGAACAGGCUGUGGCGCACUGCAGAGACAGUUACACUGAUCUCACCAGCCUGCUCUCUGACGCCGAGACCAAACUGGCCCAAAAUGAGAUGGAGCGCCAUGAUAUCACUGAGCCGAUGUGGAUCGGCCUGCGUUUCCUGGGCGACCGCUGGCUGUGGGUGAACGGUGACACUCUGGUGGACACAGCCUGGUCCCAAGGAGAAGGUCAGGUGUGUCCAAUGGUGAAACGCUGCGGCGCUCUAACCACUGAAGGACUGUGGGAGGAGAGGGACUGCCAGGAAAAACUCAAAUUCAUCUGCAUCUGA